AGACAGGUGCCAUAAGAGCAGAGUCGAGGGGGAAUGGACAGUUGUAAACGCAGCAUUCCCAACUCCACUCUUCACUAACAAAGGACUGUUAGUCAAUACUCAGAAAUCCAGAAGAGCCAGCAAAUCUCCAAGUACUGUAAAGUGUUACAAGAGAUAGAGUGGAUUGAAAGGUGAAUUGUCCAACUGGCAAGUUGAGAAUGACUCCGUGCAUAGAUCUGCACUUCGCAUUGAUGAUCCUUUUAUUAUCUUUUGAAGGACUGGUGCUGGGUUCUGAACAUGAGACGAAAUUGGUGGCUAAAUUAUUUGAAAACUAUAACAAGGUGAUUCGUCCAGUGGAGAGCCACGAUCAGUCAGUUAACGUCACAGUGGGACUGCAGCUCAUUCAGCUCAUCAAUGUGGAUGAAGUAAAUCAAAUUGUGGAAACAAAUGUGCGCCUGAAACAGCAAUGGGUUGAUAUGAGACUGCGUUGGAAACCAGAAGACUAUGGUGGUACUAAAAAGAUCAGAUUGCCUUCUUCUGACAUUUGGCUCCCAGACAUUGUCCUGUACAACAAUGCGGAUGGUGAAUUUGCCAUUGUUCAUAUGACAAAGGUGCUUUUGGAAUAUACAGGAAAAAUAAUCUGGAAUCCUCCGGCAAUUUUUAAAAGCUAUUGUGAAAUCAUUGUCACAUAUUUCCCAUUUGACCAACAAAACUGCAGCAUUAAACUGGGAAUCUGGACAUUUGAUGGAACAAGAGUUGCCAUAUUUCCGGAAAGUGAGCGACCAGAUUUGAGUGACUUCAUGGAGAGUGGAGAGUGGGUAAUGAAAGAUUAUCGUGGAUGGAAACACUGGGUGUAUUAUACCUGCUGUCCAAAUACUCCUUACCUGGAUAUCACCUAUCACUUUAUCAUGCAGCGGCUACCACUGUAUUUUGUCGUAAACGUCAUUAUCCCUUGUCUGCUCUUUUCCUUUUUAACUGGAUUAGUAUUUUACUUGCCAACCGAUUCAGGUGAGAAGAUGACUUUGAGCAUUUCGGUUUUGCUGUCUCUGACAGUGUUCCUACUGGUUAUUGUUGAGCUGAUCCCUUCAACUUCCAGUGCUGUGCCUUUAAUUGGCAAAUACAUGCUCUUUACAAUGAUUUUUGUCAUCAGUUCAAUCAUUAUUACUGUCAUCGUAAUUAAUACUCAUCAUCGAUCUCCAAGUACACACACAAUGCCACAAUGGGUACGCAAGGUUUUUAUUGACACCAUACCCAAUAUAAUGUUUUUCUCAACAAUGAAACGAACAAAAAAGGAGAAACAAGAGAAAAGCAUAUUUCCUGAGGACAUUGAUAUCUCUGACAUUUCUGGAAAGCAAGCAACAGGAAACAUUACUUUCCAAACACCUUUAACAAAAAACCCAGAUGUCAAAAGUGCCAUUGAGGGAAUCAAAUACAUUGCAGAGCACAUGAAGUCUGAUCAGGAAUCAAACAAUGCUGCAGACGAAUGGAAGUAUGUUGCAAUGGUUAUUGAUCACAUUCUGCUGGGUGUCUUCAUGUUGGUUUGUAUUAUCGGUACCCUUAGUGUCUUUGCUGGUCGUCUCAUUGAACUCAAUCAGGAGGGCUGAAUCUUCAUAAUGAACUGUCAAUAUGUUACUGAUUAAGGGAAUCGCUGUUGCUCCGUAGAAAAGAUGAUUAGUUUGAACGUCGUAAUUGUAGUCUAUUGUAUAAGGUACAGAGCUUACAUUAUAUUACAUGUAGAGAAUUUAAAACCAUGUUCGUAAAAAAAGGUUAGUGCAAGAGCAGCCAAAAAAAUGAAAACACACAUCAUAGAGAAAUAAACUAUGUAAAGAAUUAGAUUUGAAGUCAUUUGUAAUUUGAUACAGAAACACAAUUAUGUAGAAAAUUGAACAUUAUAGACUGAGAUCUCAAG